UUUUCAGUUCAACGGUGCCAUUGGAGGACCAGAUAUAGCUCCCACGGUGACGGCACUCCUCACUUGUGGAGAUGAUCAGCAAUGGUACUUCAACGAUGGCAUGAAUGCGCUUGCCAUCACGCAGGUCGGAUGUUCCGUCCUUCCAGAACCGCCAGCGUGCGCUAUGUGUGAUGAAGCAGCGGUCAUAUUCCAGCCAAAGAUGUUGCCUGAGGAACUGGAUGCCAUAAAAGAGUCUUUCAUACCUGCAUUUCACUUAAUUCACGCUCUCGGGCGUCCUACAAACGCUCAGUAG